CUGCCAAGCGACGGGAACAAAAUGGCGGCGGGUCCGUGUCAUGAAGCCGGUCAGACCCCCAGGGCCGGUCAGUACAUGACGUCCAUCUUCCUGGGGUUUGCUGUUCUCUUGCUGAGCCGCUACCUCCUGAAGCGCAGGGCCCGGGAGCAGUGCAGGUUACCCCCGGGGCCACCGUGCUGGCCCCUCAUCGGCUUGCUGCUCUCUUUGGUCUGGAGGCCUGGCUCCGGAACCCGGCUCCCGCCGCAUUUAUACUUCACCGCCCUCGGCAAGACCUAUGGAGAAAUCUGCAGACUGUACCUGGGCAGACAGCUCAUAAUAAUUCUCAAUGGAUUCCACAUGGUCAGAGAUGCGCUGCAGCAUCACGCCGAGGUGUUCUCGGACAGACCCACCAUUCCUCUGAUCACCAUCAUAACCAAGCGUAAAGGAAUAGUCUUUGCUCCGUACGGCUUGGUCUGGAAGCAGCAAAGAAAAUUUUCCCUCUCGACCCUGAGAUACUUUGGUUUCGGGAAACUUGAUCUAGAGCCGAAAAUCAUAGAGGAACUACAAUUUGUGAAGUCAGAGUUUUCCAGUGCAGUUGGGACGGCCUUUUCUCCUUCUCAUGUCAUUCACAAUGCUGUGUCUAAUAUCAUUUGUUCGAUGUGCUUUGGCAAACGGUUUGACUACGAUGAUGAAGAGUUCAGGACUAUGCUGAAUCUAAUUGUCCAAGGAAUGAAAUUAGCAUCAAACAGCCCGGCAAUGCUCAUCAAUGUAAUUCCUUUAUUUCAGUAUUUACCCUUUGGACCUUUCAAGGAAGUUGUCAAGACAGUAAGAGAUGUAACUGCAUUCUUGAAAAACAUCAUUGAUCAGCACCAAAAGACUAUGGACCCUGAAAACCCACGUGAUUUUGUUGAUUUUUAUCUGAAAGAAAUAGACUAUCAAAGACAUAAAAAGCAAAAUACAAGCUUUAGUGAAGAUUAUUUAUUUUAUAUAAUUGGGGAUCUCUUUGUAGCAGGGACAGACACAACAUCCAAUACGCUGUUGUGGGCUAUUCUCUUUAUGGCUGUUCAUCCAGAAGUUCAAGAAAGGGUUCACAAAGAGAUCAGCACAGUUAUUGGUGAGUCAAGACCUCCUUCCCUCAAAGACAAACUUCACAUGCCUUUCACAGAAGCAACAAUAAUGGAAAUCCAGCGUAUGACCACAGUGGUCCCACUUGCCAUUCCACAUAUGGCAUCAGAAACUAUUGGUUUUAAAGGCUAUACUAUACCCAAGGGAAGUAUGGUGGUUGCAAAUCUGUGGUCUGUCCAUAGAGAUCCAGGCAUGUGGGAACAUCCUGAUGAAUUUAAUCCUUCUCGAUUCUUGAGUCCAGAUGGAAAUAUUGUGAAAAAUGAAGCAUUUAUGCCAUUUGGAAUAGGGAAACGGAUCUGUAUGGGAGAGCAGAUGGCGAAGAUGGAACUGUUCCUGAUCUUUAGCACCCUCCUACAAUCGUUCUGCUUCAAACUUCCUGAAGGCAAUGAUGCACCAAAUAUGGCUGGCCAGUUUGGUCUGACAUUGUCUCCACAUCCUUUUAAAAUCAUUCCUGUCAUGCGAUAAACUACUUGAUGACACAAGUCACAGUCUUCAAGGCUUAGAAGCUGCAAUACAAACUAAAGAAGGCACUCUCUCUUACUGUGUCACUGUAUUAUGGUCAUUGUAACUCAGUGACAGUUCAAUGUUGACAGGUUGGUUUGCAAAGUAUCCCAGUUUCUAACUUGAUGCCUUUAUUUGUGAUGUUGGGUGUCGCUAAUGGCAUUAUGUUGCUGCUUCUUCUAACAGAGAAGUUACAGUCUACUCCAAAACAUGUUCAAUCUCACUCCAUAAUUGUAUGUUUUUGUUCCUGUACAGAAUAUAAUCCAAUACUUGAAAAUGCGUAAUUUUCUGCCAUCUUGGGUGUGAUAUUUUGACUCGAAACACUCAUGAUUAUUUUAUUUUGUGCUUCACCCUUAAAGAAUGUCUACCAUUAAAAACAAGCACACAAAUAACAGUGAAACAACUGAAUUGAAAUACAGCUUUUACAUCUUUAUGAACAUGAUUGCCUUUCAUCAUUUUUUUUAAGGAAAAAUGUAAAUUCAUUGAAAUGAAGAUCACGUUGCUGAAGGAUUGAGUGUAUUCUCAUUAUGUUUACUGCUUUGGAUUUUUCCAAAGGAAAGAAAUGCUAAUUAUCUAUAGGAAAAAAAAACUGCAGCAGGUGGUUCACUUAGAAAAUGCUUUCUUCCUUAUUGUCAAGGCUGAAGAACCUGUAUAUUCUGGGAGUAAAAUUGGGCUCGGUGAUACCAUCUUCAAAAAGUUCCUCAAAGUUUCAUAUGGUGUCUACAGUAUUUUGCACACUGAUGCACUAGGUGCCAAUCUGUCAAUGAAUUUGCACCUGCAUUCAUGUCUAUAAGAAAUAUACAGAGCUCACGUUUGAUGCUGAUCAAAGUAUGAUGCUGGUUUGGUAUCAGAACUAGCAAUUUAAAGCUCUCCACCAGCCCACACUUUCUUGACCUUUUUACAACUGAACAUGCGUUUAGUGCAGUGAAGGGCUCCAUUCCUUCUCAUGCCAUACUAUUUAAAAGGGUAAUUAAAUCUUCAGUCUUAGUUGCAUGAUUAGAUUUUCUAGCUGUUGCAAUUCCACACGUUUUCCACACAUUUGAAGUUUGUGUAUAAAGAACAAAGAACAGUACAGCACAGAAACUGGCCCUUCAGCCCAUCAAAUCUGUCCUGAUGUGUGACACCUUUCUAGAAUAAAAACCUUUUCCUGUAUGUGGAAGAGAGUCAUACAGCAUGGAAACAGGCCCUUUACCCCAACUCGUCCAUUCCGACCUGGUUUCCUAAACUGAAAUAAUCUGAUUUGCCUGCAUUUGGCCCAUAUCUGUCAACGUUUCCUAUUAGGUACCUAUCUAAUUAUCUUUUAAAUGUCGUAAUUGUACCUGCCUCUAUCACUUCUUCUGGGAACUCAUUCUGUAUACACACCACACUCUGAAAAAGCUGCCUCAUAGAUACCUUGCAAAUCUUUCAUGGCUCACUGUUAACCUAUGCCCUCCAAAUAUGGCUUCUCUACCCUAGGGAAAAGACCUUGAUUAUUCACACAAUCUAUACCCCUCAUUCCUUAGGAGUGUAAAAAGGAAAAGAUUAGCUCAAUAAAUUUUGGUCCAUUGCAGCUGGAGACAAGAUAAUUUAUAGUGGAGAACAAAGGAAUGUGUCUUGUCUUCAUAGAGGAAGUUACAGAAAAUCUCCCAGAAAAUUCCUUCAAAGUACAGUCCCAGAUAGGCAGGGUGAUGAAGAAGUGGGAUGGGAGCAGGAGGAUUAAGUCCACAGAAAAAUGUGUCAUCUAGAUCUUCAGCCCCUGAUGGCUAAAUUGCUUACAAUUAUCUCACCAUUGCUAAGAUGACCUCUUCCCAGGAGGCUAGGACAUGCAGUUUUGCUUUUCCCCUUUGAGUUAGUUCCUGCUGCCUCAGGUUGUGUGUCACUUGCAAGAGAGAAGGCAGGAUAUCAGUAAGUAUCAUCAAAUAAUAUGGAGUGGCUUACUUUGUUGACAAGCUGCCAAUGUUUGCAAGCUUUGAAGUGCAAGUUUGUGGUUUGUAUCAUUAAGUGAGGGAGUGAAUUGUGCAAUAUACACAUUAUACCCAAGUCCUGGUGGACAUUGUUUAAAACUGAAUGGUAAAGGUGUGGUGAUCCUGAGCAAUAGUUGAAUCUAGGGUAUGAGGUUAUUCGACUUCUUGUGGUACUAUGUUGCUUGCUCUGGCUGUCCGUCUAACUUUGACUUGCAUAACUAGUUUUUUACCAGUGCCACCGGCACUGAUGACCUUAGAUAACUCCACUUCUCCAGCAAGAUCUCCACCACAACAUCCAACACUUGGCGGUUCAUUCUUUCCUGUAGUCAGCCAUUAGUCAGAGACAGCUGCAGAAUGUCUCAAGCACCUGCUGAAAUCACAAUGCAUUUCCAUUUAAGGUUCCACAUGCUAACUUUAAGCAGAGCAAGUUACAGAUAAUAUUCGACGUCAUGCUGCCCACAUUCCACUCAACAUGCCUUAGUUAUUUCUGUGUUGUAAUCUUUGCAACCUUUUUGGGGGCAUGAUCACUUUAUAGCUCCAUGCUUUAUAUUUGGUGCCAACAUUAAAUGCAUUAAUGUCCAAAAUUAUAAAAUUGUGCGGCAAUGCUCAACCACCUUUGAGUCUGCUGCAAAUGUAAUGUAAGCAUCUUUAAAUGAUUAAAAGGGAUUAUUAUUUAGAAAAUGAAAGGUAAUAUUUCAGGUAAGAAAGCAAUGUCCCACCUUCAUAUACAUUUAAUUCAGGCCUCUUGUGGUGCAAUGCUCUCCAUGGACCAGGAUGCCUGGUUUCAAGUCACACCUACUCCAGAGGUGUGCAUUUUCACUUCAUAUCUCACUUCAUAGUACACUCAAUUGGUGUGUAAUAACAGCACCUAACAGGUUGAUUAGCAAUAAAGUGUUUAGGUACAAUUAAAUUUUGACAAAUGGCUUUCUGCUUGGAAUUAACUUAAUCUUGGGGCAUUUUAUUAACUUUUCCACCAUUACAUUUUAAUGGGUUGUUGUUGGAGUUUUGUGCAAGCCAUUGAAUAGUGAAGUAGUUCCUCUGUGCACAAUUAAUGAUCCUUGUCAUUUUUGGAGUGUAUGUAUUAUUUUUGAUCUAGAUAUGCAGAUUUUUCUGAAGCAUAUUUAAUAAAUCAUAUAGUGUAAACCGAUUUCUUUGGUUCCUUUCAAAAUCGAUGUUAUUUAAUUAUUUAGAGGCAUACAAUGUAGUGAAGGCUAGUGGGAAGGUAGAAGAUUAGGAAGUCUUUAAAAAGCAGUGGAAGAUAACUAAAAAAAAUGCAAUGGUUGGGGGGCAGUGUUGAGCAUUGAGAGAAGAUGAAAGAUGAGGGUAAGCUAGCUAGUAAUAUAAAAGAAGACAAUUUUUUUUAAUAUAUAAAAGGUAGGAGAGAGACAAGAGUGGAUAUUAGACUGCUGGAAAAUGAGGAUGGAGCAGUGAUGGGGAACAAAGAAACAGUGGGACAAUGGAAUAUGUACUUUGCAUCAAUUUUCAUGGUGGAAGUCACCAACAGCAUAUCAGAGCUUCAAGAGAGUUGGGGGCAGAGGUGUGUCGUGGCUGUCACUAAGGGGAAAUGGUGAGGAAGGUGAUUAAGUUGAAAGGAGGGUAAAUCCCCUGGACCAGAUGGACUACACCCUAGAAUUCUGAAGAAGACAGCUGAGGAGAUUGUAAAAGUAUUGGUGGUCACCUUUCAGGAAAGCAGGGAGGCAGAGUACAGGAAACUAUAGGUGAACCAGCCUGACCUUUUUUUUAAAGAUUUGAGAGUCCACUAAGAGAUCACAGAGGAUUUGGAAGUGAAUGGUAAAUAGGGCUGAGUAAACACGAUUUCAUCAAGGGGAGAUCAUGCCUGACAGAUCUGUUAGAAUUUGUUCAGGGUGUAACAAGCAAGCUAGCCAAAGGAGAGCCAGUGAAUGUGAACUAUUUGGAUUUCCAGAAGGCUGUACAGGAGGCUCUUAAAUAAAAUAAGAACCCACGGUGUUAGGGGCAAGGUACUACCAUGGAUAGAAGAUUGGCUGACUGGACGAUGGCAGAGAGAGGGGAAUGGCAACUGCUGACUAGUGGACUUUCACAGGGGUCAGUGUUAGGGCCACAACUAUUCAUGUUAAACAAGAAUGAUCUGGACGAAAAAAUUGAAUAUUGUUACUAAGUUUGCAGAUGACACAAAGGUAGGUGGAGGUACAGGCAGUGUUCAGGAAGUGGAAGGCUGCAGAAAGACUUGGAGAGACUGAGAGAGUGGAUAAAGAAGUAACUGAUGGAAUACAAGGUGGGAAAGUGUCAGAUCAUGCACUUUGGUAGGAAGAAAGAUAUUUGAAAUCUUAAGCACAAAGGCACUCAGGAGUUCAAGUUCAGGAUUCUCUUAAGGUCAACAUGAGGGUUCAGUUAGCAGUCAGGAAUGUAAAUGCAAUGUUGGCAUUCAUUUUGACAGGGCUAGAACAAAGACGUACUGUUGAGGCUGUAUAAGGCUCUGGCCAGGCUGCAUUUGCAAUAUUGUGAGUAGUUUGUAGCCUUUUAUCUAAGGAAGGAUGUGCUGGCUUUGGAAAGAGUCAGAAGAGGGUUAUAAGACUGAUCAUGGGGAUGAAGGGCAUGUCCUGGGAGGAGCGGUUGAGAACUCUGGGUCUGUACUCAAUGGGAUUUAGAAGGAUGAGGUGGCAUCUCAUUGAAACAUAGAGAAUAAUGAGAAACCUGUAUAGAGUGGAUAUGGAGAAGAUGUUUUCACUAGUUGGAAAGGCUAGGAUCCCAGGCACAGUCUCAAAUUGAAGGGCAAACCGUUUCAACUGGGAUGUGGGAAAAAUUUUCAGCCAGGCAAUCAUGAAUUGUGGAAUUCAUUGCUGCAGAAGACUAUGGAGGCUGUUAUUGAGUGUGUUUAGAACAAAGAUAG